AUGAGUCUUAGGCGAACCUUCCCCGUGCUACGCUCCGCCCUCUGCCGCCGAGCCCCGCUGUCUACAGCGCCGGCGACCCGCGAGCAGCACGCCGAGGGCCUGGAAGCCGUGCGGGGGCGCGGGGCGGCCGAGGCCGCGCGGCCGCCAGUGCCCGCCGUGGACUUCGGCAACACGCAGGAGGCGUACCGGAGCCGGCGCAGCUGGGAGCUGGCGCGUAGCCUGCUGGUGCUGCGCCUUUGCGCCUCGCCCGCGCUGCUGGCGCGCCACGAGCAGUUGCUCCGUCUUGCCAGGAGACUUCUGGGGCAAAGGUUGUUCGACAGACUGAUGAAGAUGACCUUCUACGGGCAGUUUGUGGCUGGUGAGGACCAGGAGUCCAUCCGGCCCCUGAUCCAGCACAACAGGGCCUUUGGUGUGGGCUCUAUCCUGGACUACGGUGUGGAGGAGGACCUGACCCCCGAGGAGGCCGAACACAAGGAGAUGGAGUCCUGUACCUCAGCAUCGGAGAGGGAUGGCCAUGGCACCAGUAAGAGGGAGAAGCAGUUCCAGGCCCACCGGGCAUUCGGAGACCGCAGGAAUGGUGUUGUCAGCGCCCGCACCUACUUCUACGCCAACGAGGCCAAGUGUGACAGCCAUAUGGAGACGUUCCUGCGCUGCAUCGAGGCUUCAGGUGGAGCCAGCGAGGAUGGCUUCUCAGCCAUUAAGCUCACCGCACUGGGGAGACCCCAGUUUCUGCUGCAGUUCUCAGAUGUGCUGACCAAGUGGAGACGGUUCUUCCACCAAAUGGCUGCAGAGCAGGGCAAGGCCGGGCUGGCUGCCAUGGACACGAAGCUGGAGGUGGCUGCACUGCAGGAAAGCGUGGCGAAGAUGGGCAUCGCGUCCCAGAUGGAAAUUGAGAACUGGUUCACUGUGGAGACCCUUGGCGUGUCCGGCACCCUGGACCUGCUGGACUGGGGCAGCCUCAUUGACAGCAGGACCGAGCUCUCCAAGCACCUGGUGGUCCCCAACAUGCAGACAGGACAGCUGGAGCCUCUGCUGUCGCGGUUCACUGAGGAGGAGGAACAGCAGAUGACGAGGAUGCUGCAGAGGAUGGACGUCCUGGCCCAGAAAGCCAGCGAGGUGGGCGUGCGGCUGAUGGUGGACGCCGAGCAGACCUACUUCCAGCCGGCCAUCAGCCGCCUGACGCUGGAGAUGCAGCGCAGGUUCAACGUGGAGAGGCCACUCAUCUUCAACACGUACCAGUGCUACCUCAAGGACGCCUAUGACAGUGUCACCCUGGAUGUGGAGCUGGCUCGCCGAGAGGGCUGGUGUUUCGGGGCCAAGCUGGUGCGUGGCGCAUACAUGGCCCAGGAACGUGCCCGCGCCCUGGAGAUUGGAUAUGAGGACCCUAUCAACCCCACGUACGAGGCCACCAACGCCAUGUACCACAGGUGCCUCAACUACGUCCUGGAGGAGCUGAAGCACAACGCCAGGGCCGCAGUGAUGGUGGCCUCGCACAAUGAGGACACCGUGCGCUUCACGCUGUGCAGGAUGGAGGAGCUGGGCCUGCACCCCACCGACUGCCAGGUGUACUUUGGACAGCUUCUGGGUAUGUGCGACCAGAUAAGCUUCCCGCUAGGCCAGGCAGGCUUCCCUGUGUACAAGUACGUGCCUUACGGCCCUGUGAUGGAGGUGCUGCCCUACCUGUCCCGCCGAGCCCUGGAGAACAGCGGAGUCAUGAAGGGCGCCCAGAGGGAGUGGCAGCUGCUUUGGCAGGAGCUCAAGCGGAGGCUCUGCACGGGCAGCCUCUUCCACCGCCCGGCCUAGUGCUGUGGCCGUGUCCCAACGCAUCCUCACCUGGGCUGUGACCACCCAGGGCUACAGCCUGACCUCAACCUCACACACAACACCUUUUACAUCCCAAACUGUGAGACCCCACUGGCCCCUGCCCGUGGGCACCCAGGUGCGGGCUAUGUCCGUUACCUGCCAGAGCUGCUGGGAACUGUCAGAAACCGCCCUCCAGUGAGCAAGCAUGGCUGCAUCUCUGCCCACCGCCACGACC